AUGCCUUCAUCGAAUGGUCCCCGCCAUGCGAAACAAUCGAAAUCAUCCCAACGACCUUCAUCUCUAAAACGCAAGCGUACAGAGGAGGGUUUGUCGUCUCUUAUUCAGCGAGUGGAAGAUCUCGACCUUAAGGAAACCUUCAAGUCCUUCACCGAUCUACCUUUGUCCGAACCAACCUCCUCCGGACUUUCAUCUUCUCAUUAUAAAACCCUGACCGAUAUUCAAUCACGAGCAAUCAGCCAUGCACUAAAAGGUCGGGAUAUCUUGGGAGCCGCUAAGACAGGAAGCGGCAAGACGCUGGCUUUCCUCGUUCCUGUUCUCGAGAAUCUGUACCGCAAAAAAUGGGCCGACUACGAUGGGCUAGGGGCUCUGAUCCUCUCACCGACGCGCGAACUUGCUAUUCAAAUCUUCGAGGUUCUCCGCAAGGUUGGGCGCUACCAUAAUUUUUCUGCCGGGUUGGUCAUUGGUGGUAAGAGUUUGCGGGAGGAACAGGAGAGACUUGGCAGAAUGAACAUUCUUGUCUGUACGCCUGGUCGAAUGCUACAACAUUUGGACCAGACGGCAUUGUUUGAAACCAAUAACCUGCAGAUGCUGGUGUUGGAUGAAGCGGAUCGCAUCUUGGACAUGGGCUUCCAAAAGACCGUAGAUGCUAUUAUUGGUCACCUGCCUAAGGAACGCCAAACGCUUCUCUUCAGUGCCACGCAAACUAAGAGAGUGUCGGAUUUGGCACGACUGAGCUUACAAGAUCCUGAGUAUGUGGCUGUGCAUGAAACAGCCUCUUCAGCGACCCCCUCUACUCUUCAACAACACUACGUGAUUAUUCCGGUGCCACAGAAGCUUGAUGUUCUAUGGAGUUUUAUUCGAAGUAACCUGAAAAUGAAGGCGAUAGUAUUCCUUUCGUCGGGGAAACAGGUACGGUUUGUUUACGAGUCCUUCCGACAUAUGCAGCCGGGUAUUCCCUUGAUGCAUCUUCACGGCCGGCAGAAACAAGGGGGCCGACUUGAUAUCACGACCAAGUUUUCACAGGCAAAGCAUGCCGUUCUUUUUGCCACCGAUGUUGCUGCUCGUGGUUUGGACUUUCCAGCUGUCGACUGGGUCAUUCAGCUCGAUUGUCCCGAAGAUGCCGAUACGUAUAUCCACCGAGUUGGGCGGACUGCGCGGUACGAGCGUGAUGGCCGUGCAGUGCUAUUCUUGGACCCCAGCGAAGAGAAAGGGAUGUUGCAACGCCUGGAACAGAAGAAGGUGCAGGUCGAGCGGAUUAAUAUCAAAGCCAACAAACAGCAGAGCGUCAAAAGCCAGCUACAAAAUAUGUGUUUUAAGGACCCCGAGCUGAAGUACCUGGGCCAGAAGGCAUUUAUCUCCUAUGUCAAGUCGGUCUACGUUCAGAAGGACAAAGAAAUCUUCAACCUGAAGGAGCUGAAAUUGGAAGACUUUGCGCAUAGCCUGGGUCUUCCUGGUGCUCCCCGUAUCAAAUUCAUCAAGGGAGAUGACACGAAAGAGCGAAAGAACGCCCCUCGAGCCUCGAUAUAUGCCUCCAGUGAUGAAGAUUCUAGCGAGGAAGGAGACAAGAAGGCGAAGAAGGAUGAGCCGCGGGUUCGGACCAAAUACGACCGGAUGUUCGAGCGACAGAACCAAGAUGUUUUGGCGGGCCACUACUCGAAACUCAUCAACGAUGAUGGAACAUUGGUUGAUCACACCAAAAAUAAGGUUGCCGUUGGCGAGGGUGAUGAUGAUGACGAGUUCUUGUCUGUCAAACGCCGCUACGACGCUGGAGACGACGAUCUGGAUGUGGGAGGAGAUAGUUCGGAGGAUGAGGAGGACGAGUCCGACGACAAGAAGGAUAUUAAAACCGUGCAUCUCGAUGGGCGAGAUCCCCUGUUUGUGGACUCCAACCGCCGGAAGAAAAUGCUCAAGUCGAAGAAGAAAUUACUCAAGUUCAAGGGCAAAGGUACGAAGCUUGUCUUCGACGACGAGGGCAAUGCGCACGAAAUGUACGAGAUGGAGGACGAAGAACAGUUCAAGGCGCAGGGCGAUGCUAAGGAUCAAAAGGCACAAUUCCUGGCGGAGGAAACCGAGCGGACGCGACAGGCAGAUAUGGAGGACAAGGAAGUUGCCCGACAGAAACGGCGCGAGAAGAAGGAGAAGCGCAAGGCGCGCGAGCGGGAAUUGUUGGCGGAGGAAGAAGCCGAGGAAAGGGUGGAACAGCUUGUUCCCUACGAGAACGAGGACGAGGGACAGUUCUCUCCAUCCGAACCAGAAGUCGAAGCACCGCGCCCCAGCAAGAAGCAGAAGGUCCGGGUACAGGAGCCAGACGAGAGCCAGGAAGUGUCCAAGUUCAAAAGAGGCAAACGGUCAACGCCCAAGGAACCCCAAAUCCAGACCUUGGAAGAUCUGGAGUCGUUGGCCACUGGACUGUUGGGUUAG